AUCCGGACCAUGAACAGUCAUCCGGCGUCCAAGAAAAACCAUCUAGUGCUGGUGUCUUUUACAGAUACCAAAAGGCGUUGCUGUGUGGAAGAUCAAGUGCUGGAGAAUGAUAUCAGGAUAUUGGACAACAAGUCCAUGUUGCUAAGGAUGCAAAAUAACACAGCUAAGCCCGUGAAAUCAUGGGACUCCCCUCGCUAUUACCGGCAUUUGGAGUUUGAUGCCGUUGGCCAUGAUCUUGAGCCCCAAAUCCGAACAGAGUUGGGCGAUUUUAUGGCCCAGAUGUUUCGCCACCAUCGUCAUGGAAGUCUGCUGCGUCUCUUGCUCCAAAAGAACCACAAUCCCAACUUUCUGGCCCGUCUGUUGGUCACAGAAGUGGACAAACUAAUGGUGGCUCUUCGUUACCGCCUUAAAGCAGUGAAUGUGGACUACUUUGAUGUCCGGAAAUUCGAAAUGGUGAACAUGUUGGUGGAACCCACAGCAGUUCCCAAUCGCCGAAGGAUUACACCUUGCGGAAAGGCUGUUUCCAGCACCAGGGACUUGUACCAGUGGCUAAUUAACGAUUUCACCGUCUUACGAGGUAGUGGACUGGGCGACGACUAUCUAGACUUCGAGUUUGUGUACCGGGAUAGCAUGGCCCUGCAGCACAAGAUUCACCUCUCAGUGUUCCACAUCUUUGGCAGUGAAAACCGACCUGAUUUAGUUGACUUCUUCGGGAGUUUGCCGAAGGGCAGGCCAAAUGGGAGCACCCUUUUGAGCGAUUGCUUGAAAGAGUCCUUUGACUUCAAAAGUCCCCUCCCUGCAGUGGUCAUGUUCGAGUUGCCCGUAGCGCCCGACUUAAGUGAUGCCAGGCGCAAGAUCUUAAAACUGGCGGAUCUGGCCUACGUGUCCUUGAAGAAAGCCCGAAAAUUAAUGGCCAAACCAGAGACUAAGCCUGUCUCUCAGACUUCUAUAAGCCUAUUCAAAUUAAAUAGGACCUCUGACAACCGCAGUUCCGUAGGUUCAGUACCUGAUAUUUCUCAGGCCCAUGGGCGUCGCACUACCAAACUUUCGGACGCGGAGUACAAUGGCUUGGCCUACUGGUAUGGUCGCAUUGAUUCCAAGUUUGCUGAGCUAAAACUCGCCAUGGAGCAGCACUUUGUGGAUCUGUACAAAAGGAAAAGUUUGGACCUGCGCAGUGAAAUCAGAACCAUUAACCAGGAUUUAAGCGAUGAGAACGACGAAAGUGGUGGCGAUGGAGCAAGGCCGCAAAGAACACCUGUAGAAGUGGACUCCACCAGGAAAACAUACCUUGUCCUGAAAAAGGAAUUUAAGAAACUCGAAUUGGAAGCCGAGAAAACCACUUACGCCUCCGUUUUAAGGGUCUACAUCAGUACUAAGAACUACGAACUUUCCGAAGCGGAAAAGACUCUUAAGCAAAGGGAAGUCGAGAACAUUAGACUUCGUUUGAUUCAGUACAUCAAUACGCCAGAUUCCAGCAUUUUCGGGGACUAGUAGUUUAACUAAAUGUCACGGAAGACUUGUGAUGCCUAGUGAAACUCCUUUUCCCAAUUGAAAAACUAAGAAUAAAUAUUCAUUUGUCAAUUUA